UUCUGCACAUGCGCAAAGCUGACUUCCGUAGUGAAAGGCGGAAGCGGAAGUUGUCGGCGGCGCACUUCUUCAAAACACCUGAAUGUAGAUAAGAUUCUACCGUCAAUAUAAAACUUUUGCCGCCAUGCCUCUGUCAACGCAGUCGCAGGCCGAUGACGAGCAAUACGUUUUAGUGGCCAGUUUGGACAACGCGCGCAAUCUGUCCAACCUUCUGAAAGCCAUCACGUUCAAAGACCACGCCAUCUUCAGCGCCACGCCCAACGGCCUGAAGGUCACCGUGGAGGAGUCCAAAUGUCUGCAGGCCAAUGCCUUCAUCCAGGCGGAGAUCUUCCAAGAGUUCACCAUACGCGAAGAUUCGGUGGGUUUCCAGGUCAACCUCACAGUUCUGCUGGACUGCCUUAGUAUCUUUGGCGGAAGCACAGUCCCUGGAGUAUCAACAGCCUUGCGGAUGUGCUACCGGGGGUACGGUUACCCCCUCACCCUGUUCCUGGAGGAGGGCGGGGUAGUGACAGUGUGCAAGAUCAACACACAAGAACCGGAGGAGCCAGUAGACUUUGAGUUCUGCAGCACCAACGUCACAAACAAGGUGAUCCUGCAGUCAGAGAGUCUGAAGGAAGCCUUCUCUGAGCUGGACAUGACCAGCGAGGUGCUGCAGAUCACCAUGUCCCCCAGCCAGCCAUACUUCAGAUUGUCUACAUUUGGGAACUCUGGAAAUGCCCAUUAUGAUUAUCCCAAAGACUCAGACAUGAUGGAGCUGUUUCGAUGUGACAAGACACAAACCAACAGGUACAAGAUGUCCCUUCUCAAGCCGUCUACCAAAGCCCUGGCUUUGUCCUGUAAAGUCUCCGUGAGGACAGACAGCAGAGGCUUCCUGUCUCUGCAGUACCUGGUCAGAAACGACGACGGACAGAUCUGCUUUGUGGAAUACUUUUGUUGUCCUGAUGAAGAGGUGGAGGAGGAGUGAUCUGUCUGUUGAAUGAAUUCAGGGGGAGGCACAGUCGCUUUGAAAGGGUGUAAAGUCUGCAGAAAGGUAGCAGAGCUGCUGCUCAGGACUGAAACAUACUGGACUUUACGGGUAUAAUGGACAAUGGGAACAGUGGUGUUGUCUCUACAUGAGCCGGCCCAUCAUUUGCGUGGAGCUUUGCCACUGGAUUUGUAGAAAGGAAAUGUAACAUACCUGGUCCUGUCCAGUAAUUCUUUGCCAUAAGUACAUGGAAAGAUUAACGCUACUGUAAAUGCAUUAGAUUCUUUUGUGAAGACAUUACCUGUAACGUUUUGAGCGGGACACGUUUGUAGACCAGUCAGUCCUCAACAGGCAGUCAGCUGGUUGACGCCCAUUUAGGGGAGUUUUGCUCACGUCUAGUUUGUGUAUACUAGGUUAGAACGCCACAGGCCUUUGACUUUCAUGCACUUCAAAUGUCCUCCAUGUUUAAAAAACAUCAGAUAACACAGGAAGAGUUUAAAAUGGUUUUAUUUUCAGGACAUUGAAAAGAAAUGGUCACUCAAAAUGUUUUUUUUUUACAUUGGAAUACGUUUAUCAAAAAAGGAUGAGUAAAUAUUGUUUGCGAAUAAAGCUGGCCCAGCUACAAACAGUAUGGUCCUCCGGAAGGAGGGAGCAAAUAAAUGUGUUGUGUGAACACACAAACUAUG